UUGAGUGAGAUAGAGAGAGAGAGAGAGAGAGAGAGAGAGAGAGAGAGAGAGAAUUGGCGGCCGGCGUUGACCCUUUCGGUUUCUUUCGUAAGCCAUGGACAUGAUUGCUCUGCGAUUCAUCUUCUCAUCAUCUCUUCUUCUUCUUCUUCCUCAAGCUCUUCUUAUGCAAUUUGGGACUCAAUCUCAAAUCAUUCACACUCCAAAGUUCUCGAUCCAAGAAGCCACUGUUGAUGACAUCAGACUUGCUUUCAAGGAGAAAAGACUGACAUCAAAACAACUCGUCGAGAUGUAUCUCGAAUCCAUCUCCAAGCUCAAUCCGAUGCUCCACGCAGUCAUCGAGACGAAUCCAGAUGCGUUGACCCAAGCAGAGAUCGCAGACAGAGAACGCGAGCUCAAAAUCGGCGUCACUGAGCUUCCUAUCUUGCACGGUGUUCCGAUUCUGCUCAAGGAUUCCAUCUCCACCAAGGACAAGCUAAACACGACCGCUGGUUCCUUGGCUUUGCUUGGUUCGGUCGUGGCUCGAGACGCUGGUGUUGUCAAGAGACUAAGAGAAUCUGGUGCUGUGAUCUUGGGCAAAGCCAGUUUAAGCGAAUGGGCUAAUUUCCGAUCUCUCUCCAUCCCAGAUGGUUGGAGCGCACGUGGCCUCCAAGGAAAGAAUCCGUACGUUUUAUCAGCAAAUCCGUGUGGUUCAAGUAGUGGUUCAGCUAUAUCAGUGGCGGCUAAUCUUGUGGCCUUGUCAAUUGGGACUGAAACUGAUGGUUCCAUUCUCUGUCCGGCGAGUCAGAACUCGGUGGUCGGGAUUAAACCGAGUGUCGGGCUCACUAGCCGAGCCGGGGUCGUUCCCAUCUCCUUGAGACAGGACACUGUAGGGCCGAUAUGUAGGACAGUCUCGGAUGCUGUUCAUCUUCUUGAUGCUAUUGUGGGUUAUGAUCCGUUGGACGAGGCCACGAAGGCUGCCUCCGAGUUCAUACCUGAAGGCGGUUACAAGCAGUUUCUGAAAGCUAGUGGUCUCAAGGGUAAGAGAUUAGGGAUUGUAAUGAAGCAUUCUUAUAUUGAUCAACACAUCAAAACAUUAAGACUAGAAGGCGCGAUCGUCAUUGACAAUUUAACCAUCCCAAACAUCGAAGUCAUUGUGGAUUUUACUAAUAGCGGUGAAGAGAUAGCACUUUUAACUGAGUUCAAGAUUUCUCUGAAUGAAUAUCUUAAAAGGCUUGUGAAAUCACCCGUACGGUCCUUAGCAGACGUUAUUGCCUUCAACGAGAAAUUCGCUGAAAAGGAAAAGGUGAAAGAAUGGGGACAAGAGGUCUUCCUUGCAGCAGAAGCCACCAAUGGAAUGGGUGAGAAAGAGAAAGCAGCGUUGCAGAAAAUAGAAAAACUUUCGAGGAAUGGAAUCGAAAAGCUAAUGAAAGAGAAUAAGUUGGAUGCAAUAUUGACGCUUGGUUCUACGUUAAGCUCGGUUCUCGCCAUAGGAGGGUAUCCAGGAAUCAAUGUCCCUGCAGGAUACGAUAGUGAAGGAGUUCCGUUUGGGAUUAGCUUUGGAGGGUUGAGAUUUUCAGAGCCAAAGCUCAUUGAGAUUGCUUAUGGCUUCGAACAAGCAACUUUGAUGAGGAAGCCACCAAAGUUCACAGCUAGAGGCACUUGUAGUUGUAGUCAACAAAGUUGCUGAUUUGGAGAAACAUAUCUAUGUACUGUACAUUUAUUUAACGACUGGAAAUAACUUGCA